CUGUGAGUCAUACAUAUAUCACAGCCUCGCCGCCCUGUCCCUCACGUCCCCGAACCUGAACCCUGCCCUCACACACACGCACACACACACACCUGUCGGCCCGCCCAUCAAUCACACACACUCACUCACUCCGUUCCUGUCCUAUCUCGCCCAGCCACCCCUCACUUCGCCCCGUCAAACCAACACUCCUGCCCCGUCUCAGCCCGUCCCGCCCCGUCACAGCCCCGUCAAGCACGGGACGGCGCGGCGGUGACUUCCCGUAACCUACACCAUGCAUCACCCUGACGGAAAGGGCGUUAUGGGCGCGGAGUUGGUCGGCGGCGCGCAAGAGGUCGACGGGGUUCACCAAGCCGUGUACCGCGUGGUGUUGCCGCUGCUCGUGUUCUUGGGGCUCGCCGCUAACGCCCUCUGCCUCUUGGUACUGACGCGACCCAACCUGCGCUCCACGAGGGUCAACUGGUACUUCAUCGCGCUGGCCUCGUCCGACCUGCUCGUCUGCAUCUUCCACAUCCCCGUCAUCACCACCAUCACAGGCUGCACCUUCUCCUCCUACGCCGAGGCCCUGUACUUCACGCACUUCGGCUGGACGCUGGUCGGGGUGUGCCAAACCUUCGGCCUCUACGUCAUCGUCUGGCUCUCCUUUGACCGCUUCGUCGCCGUCUGGAUGUACGAGGUCUACCCAAAGAUACAACAGCAGCCUAAUGUCAAGAGGAACAGGCUGCUGGUGACGGCCGUGGCGUGUGUUAUCUUCCACCUCGUGUAUAUGGUGCAGGCGGAGGUGCGCUGCGAUAGUCCGGUUGACGGGGAUGAGGCGUGCGAGUAUGGCCACUGGGGCGUCGUCAGCGGCUACCAGUACAUGUUCUACAGCACGUGGCACAAGGUGUACAGCGUCUUCUACGGUCUGCUCAUCAGGUGGGUGCCGAGCUGCCUCCUCAUCUUCUUCAACACGAGCCUGGUGGUGGGCGUGAUGCAGGGCCGCGUCAACCUCCCCGCCGGCAGCCAGACGCCGGGCGGCAGCGGGGAGCGCAACCUCAUCAUCAUCACCAUCGCCAUCACCAUCUCCUACGCCCUCUUCACCCUCCCCAUCAUGAUCUACAUCACGGGCUACGCCGGGCCCGAGCCGGACCGCUGCUCUGCCUACCACCCCAAGGAGGUGCUGCGGGCGGUGGGCAACUCCCUGCAGCUGUUUGAACACGUCAUCCACAUCGCCUUCUACAUCGGGCUCAACAGACCCUUCAGGAAUGAGCUCAAGUACCUGCUGAGGCUUGAGGAGAGGCCGGAGGAAGGCCUGGGCGCAGCGGGAGGAGCCAAGAAUCACUACGGGGCUGAUGAGGAAUGCUUGGAAAGGGGGCAGAGGAAAGGGAACAGCCUGGAGCUGCCGCGUGCCUCCCCGAGCCUUCCGUCCAGCACGCAGAGCAGGCAAACCCUCACACAGGACCUGGGCACCAGCAGGGACGACCUGGGUGCCAGCAGGGACAACAAUGGUGCGUUCUGAGGCAACACCUGCAUCCGAUGAUCUGUAAAACCACCUUAUUCCUAUUUGUACCGCUGCUGAAUGCUCAGUGCGGAACCAAGUGACCGCUGACUGACCUGCAAUGUGUCUUGGGAUGCAGUGCAGGAUUACAAGCCAAAGAGGGACUCAGUGAUGGGACAGUCUUGGGACACGUGGCAGCACACAAUGCACACUUCUGCCCGUCAGUGGCUAGCGCACCACUACACAGCUCCUUGUGUUAGGCUGGCAAAACCUUGUGAUUCUCAUAGUGCCGUGUGCUGCUGCCACAAAGUCCAGUGCUCUUGAAACACACCCAGCAUGUAGACACGUGAACUUGAUAAACAGCAGCAGAGGAACACGCUUCACAUUACUGAAUGAUGGUCAGUAUGUUCACCUCACAGCCGAGAGAUCCCGGGUUCAAUUCCCGGGUAUAGUGGAGAUGGAUGGGCAGUCUCCAGUUAUCCGUGCCCCAUGUCCACCCGGUAGUGAGUGGGUGCCGGGUGUCAGUCAGGUUGUGCCCCGCCUCCCAGGUGUGUGUGGAUGAGCUGUGAGGUUCCAGCCAUACCCAAAGAAGUUUCUGAGUUACAAGUUCAUUCAGUGAAGCGACUGGCUGCUGAUCACCAGUCUACUGCAUGAUCAGGCCAUGGUGAAUGACAGUGAUCAGUCACACACCUGUGAGUCAAGCCUAAGAGAGUCUUUCCAAAGCUCAGCACCACGCUGCACAAUAUAGGUUAAGUGAAAUAUAUUUUUUAUAAAGAAAAUCUAUUAAAAUGUAAAUAAUUUAUGAAAAAAAAUAUUUGAUCCAACCUUGAUCUGUAAUGCUUCCAUGAUUCCUUAGAAUGUGCCAAAUAAUAAAUAUUAAUGAGUUCCUCUUAAGCCACAAGA